AUGCUUAAUCUUUCGCACGUUUCUUCUUCUUCUUCUUCUUCUUCUUCUUCUUCUUCUUCUUCUUCUUCUUCUUUGCCUUCUUUGCCUUCAUCUUUGCUAAUGUUAAUCUUUUUAUCUAAUCUUUAUUUCUUCUUCUUCUUCUUCUUCUUCUUCUUCUUCUUCUUCUUCUUCUUCUUCAAAUCAUACCCAUAUUCAUCUUCUUCAUUCUCCCAAACUAUAAAAAAAAGUUCAUCUUUUUCCGCUUCCUCCCCCAUUCAUUCUCUAAAACACCCGUAUUUUCUUCUUCUUCUUCUUCUUCUUCUUCUUCUUCUUCUUCUUCUUCUUUCUUUCUUUCUUUCUUUCUUUUCUCUCUCUCUCUCUCUCUCUUCUUUUUACCCUCUUACCCUUUUACCACUAUCCCUACAUUUCUUCCUUCUUCCCUGUCCCUUCCUUAACUCUCUCUCUCUCUCUCUCUCUCUCUCUAUCUAUAUCUAUCUAUCUAUCUAUCCCUGUUUAUUUCACGCUUUAAAAACAACUACUUUCACUCAUUUUUCUAUCAUUUCCUUCCUUCCUUCCUUUCUUUCUUUCUUUCUUUCUUUCUUUCUUUCUUUCUUAAGGCCAUAA